AAAUAUUUAGGCAGAAAUGUCUGAUAAACUCCCACCUGAAAAGAAAGGGUCAGUCGAGGAAAACAUUCAAGAUGGUCAGAGAGAUCAAAGAAACAAAGCACCCACCAAAAUUCCUGGCACUGCUGUUUUUCGUUCUCCAUAUUCCGUGUCAUCCAAGACUGGAAACUGUUCACCAUACUACAUCAUGACUGCUGCUACUCCGAUUUCAAAUGUUGUUACUCCAAAUGCUAGUGAUGAAGAUAAAAGACGGAUUAUACACAAUGAAACAGAGAGAAAAAGAAAAGAUAAGAUCAAUAAAUGGAUUGUGAGGUUAUGUGCGCUUGUUCCUGAUUGCAAUGGUAAACUAAGUAAGAACUGUAUCCUAGAAAAGACUGUAAAUUUUAUUGAGCAGCUGAAACAGGAGAAAGACCUUCCAGAUGAUGUUCAACUUCUCAAAACAGAGGUUAUCAAACUGACCAAAAAUGUGGAAUCUCUAUCUUCUGAAAAUUCUCAUUACCUUCAACUCUUGAAAGAAGCUCAACAGCUGAGCAAGGGAGCCUGGAGUUUGAACAUGUCUAUACACAAGAACAGAAAUGAAAGAUCUCAGUCAUCAGGAAGUGAUGGUGAAGACACAACAAUGACUCCAACAUUGGACCGAGUAGCCGUCUCCAACCUUACCAAAGCAAACUCUGUUCCCAACCUCCCUACAAUAGUGACUGCAGUAACAACCACCCAGAAAUCCCAAAAUAUAAUAACUGUGCCAUUAAUGGCAGCUGGUAGCAUUCCUGCUGUGCCAGGUCAGCCCACUAUGCUUGCUUCCCAACCAAUACAGGUAAAACUACAAACCCAGACUGGCGUUGUUGCCUCAAAUAACAUGGGCUCAGUUGUCACGGCAUUCCCAACUUUCCCUACCAACCUUCUUCCAACAACGGCUCAGUCUAAUGCUGUCCACACCACAAUAGUUGCUGCAAACGGACACCCUGUCCUCACUAACGCCCAUCCAGUCCUUACGAACGGCCACUCUGUUCUUACCAAUGGUCAUCCUCUUCUCACCAACGCCCAUCCAGUCCUUACGAACGCCCACCCUGUUCUUACCAACGCUCAUCCUCUCCUUACCAACGCCCACCCUAUUCUUACGAAUGCCCAUCCGGUCUUGGCUAAUUUACAGGUCAAGAACGGAAACAUGAUGAAAAACAACGUGAACGGAUCUGCUCAUUCAAUCCAAGCGCUGUUGGGAGCUGCAGCAGAGAAUGCCACAUCAACUGUGAACAACAAUACACUGCUGUCCCUCCCUGCCUAUGUGCACGCUGCAGUAGCAGGGGAGUCCGGAAAAUCAAACACCCUGUACAUGGCAACCACCAACACUCAGCUGGUAGCAGCGAGCCCUAACACCCCAGUAUUACCCCAAACCCCCGUCCUUGUUCAGGGAGAGAAUGGCCCCGUGGUUAUCAUGAUACCAGGCAGUCUACCCCACUUCGCAGUGCCACUGAACACACUGUCCUCAAACCAAGUGAUGUGUGAAUCAACGUUCCACUACAAGAGUCCCAUAGUCCUGAACCAGUUUCCGUCCCUCAUGAACUACGCUACUGAUAACUCAGGGAAUCAGACUACUCAGAGUGCACCGCUACAGAUCGGAUCGCUUAUUCAGGGCCCUCAGGGACAACACUCGGUAGUUGUGGGAACCCAGCCUGUUCUAGCUCAAUUACCAACACAGGGGUCCUCCACUGUUCUCCCCGGUACCUUCCCUGUGGUACAAUCAGCAGGACAAACUGUCACCGCUCAAACUGUCACUGUCGGGGUGCAGGGAGGCUUAGGUCAAGCUGCUACGGUGCCUAUGGUUGGAGUUCAGCAAGGUGGAAUGGUUGGGGUUCAGCAAGGUGGCAUGGUAGGGGUACAGAAUGGUGGAAUGGUUGGCGUCCAGCAUGGAGGGAUGGUUGGUGUACAACAAGGAGGGAUGGUUGGGGUUCAAGCAACAACUCCAAUUCUUCAAGUUGUCAGUGGGGUAACGACCAACUCAGAAGGAACGGUCCUGAUCCCACAAAGCACGGUUACAGUAGCUAACCAGACCGCCCAGUGUUUUAUCCCGGUAGUAGAGCAGAAUGUCAUGCCUGUCACUGUUACACCAGUCUCCAAUGUCCCUCAUCCCUCCGCCUCUAACGUUACCAUGACUACACAAGCUUCUAGGAACACGAACGUCACAGACUUCUCCAUUUCCCAGAUCUGUCAGCCUUACAACGGAAUGCAGGAGGAGGGUGACGAAGAUUCCAAGCAUUCCAUGAUGGACUCCUCAGCUGGAGACAUCUACCUCACCAGCACUUCAGAUACAAGGUUUUAGUUUCUCGAGUGACUCGUGCUUCACGCCGCCCUACAGCAGCAGUAACGUGAUGUUGUCCUCAGCCAGCUACAGAGACGGCACAAUGUCACCAGAUCCAGAGCCUGCAGACUCCAAACCGCUCAACCACAGCAUCGCCUCCCUUACCGGCAUCAACAACUAAUCAUUUGUUUGGAUGCGAGUAUUAUAUAUUGACACCUUUAAUAAAUCUAUAAUGUUCAGAGGCACCAUGUUUUCGUUGCGGUGGUUGUUAAGUUGCACAAUUUGCAGUGCAUUUUCUGCAUUUUUAGGUGUUAUUAAAAUCAGAGAAGUUUCUGGAUUGUACAGUGCGCUCGGAUGUUUUGUCACAACGGUGCUUCUGAUAAUGUUUGCCUUAAUACGGACCUGUAUAAACAGCUGAGCUGGCUUGGACUGCUGAGUAAGAACCUAUGUUUGUGUGUAACGCUUAAUGUUGAUGGCUCGUCAUGAACUUGCUUAAUGUUUUCUUGGUACCAAAGAUUUAAUUCAUAUAAUAUAACAAUCAGCAGUUUAUCUUUCAUAAAUUUGUACCUAAACAUAUUAAUUGAGAUGGAAAAAUGAACGGUUUAUUUUGUUUAUUUGAAUGUCUCAGCUUGCUGAACAAAGUAAUUUGUAUAUAAAAAUAACUGACUGUAACUGUCCCAGUCCAUUACAAUUAACAUUUUUAAGCAAAAAUUGAAUGUUAUUUACCAUUUUUAUCGCUAAUAAUAUUGCAACUUUCGUUCA